AGAAAGAAAAAGCAUUCGUGAUUGUGGUGAGCUGUUGUGGGUAUGUUUAAGGAAAAUAAGAACAGUUUACUGCCCAUGCGCCUUUGGCCCAGUUCGUUUCAGGGGAGGUGCGGGGGGUUUUAGGGAAAGGCUCUGCCUCGAGGGCGGUGGGCUCUGUGCCUGAGCUCAGUGUGCGCUGGGACACCGCUCCCAGACGUAUUUUUGGGUGGUGCUGCGUAGAUCCAGGAAUCGGACUCGGUGAUCUUUAUAGGGGGUCCCUUGCAGCUGGGGCUAUUCAGUGGUUCUAUGCCGCCCCUUGGGCUGCGGAGGGAACGCUGAGGCAGCUCACCCCGCUUAGCUUAGCCCGCGGUCAGGCGGGAUGCCGUUACCACCCCGCGCACGCGCCCCGCCGCGCGCCUCGCCCGCCAGCGCCGCCUCGCGCAAGGCCCCGUCUCCUCCCCCACAAUGCACCGCGCCAGGCAGCCUUUGAAAAAGCGGCGCGGCUCGUUCAAGAUGGCGGAGCUCGAUCAGCUGCCUGACGAGAGUUCUUCAGCAAAAGCACUUGUGAGCUUGAAAGAGGGAAGUUUGUCCAAUUCGUGGAAUGAAAAAUAUAAUUCACUGCAGAAAACUCCCAUCUGGAAAAGCAAGAAUGCUGGUUCCACUGUGGAAAUGCCCUUCAGAAAUUCAAAACGGAGUCGGCUCUUCUGUGAAGAAGAUGACAGACAAAUAAACACAAGGUCACCCAAAAGAAAUCAGAAGGUUGUGAUGGUUCCACAGAAGUUUAGUACAACGAUGUCAACACCAGACAAGAAAGCAUCACAGAAGAUUGGUUUACGGCUUCGUAAUCUGCUCAAACUUCCCAAAGCUCACAAGUGGUGCAUAUAUGAAUGGUUCUAUUCUAAUAUAGAUAAACCACUAUUUGAAGGAGAUAAUGAUUUCUGUGUAUGCCUGAAAGAAUCUUUUCCAAACUUGAAAACCAGAAAAUUGACAAGAGUUGAAUGGGGAAAAAUCAGACGAUUAAUGGGAAAACCACGGAGGUGUUCCUCUGCAUUCUUUGAGGAAGAAAGAUCAGCAUUAAAACAGAAGCGGCAGAAAAUAAGACUUUUGCAGCAGCGUAAAGUUGCAGAUAUUUCACAAUUCAAAGAUCUUCCAGAUGAAAUUCCAUUACCUCUUGUAAUAGGAACAAAAGUUACAGCACGAUUGCGAGGUGUCCAUGAUGGGCUAUUCACAGGACAAAUAGAAGCCGUAGACACCCUUAAUGCUACAUACAGAGUCACUUUUGACAGGGCGGGUCUUGGAACACAAACAAUCCCAGAUUAUGAAGUUCUUAGUAAUGAACCUCAUGAAACCAUGCCAAUUGCUGCCUUUGGGCAGAAACAACGACCUUCUAGGUUCUUUAUGACUCCUCCCCGACUGCAUUAUACGCCUUCACUCCAGUCUCCAAUUACAGACAGUGAUCCUUUAUUAGGACAGUCAUCGUGGAAAAACAAAAUUUCAGGCACAGACAGUGAAACACUAGGUGGCUUUCCAGUAGAAUUCCUCAUUCAAGUGACCAGGUUAUCAAAAAUCCUUAUGAUCAAGAAGGAACACAUCAAACAGUUAAGAGAGAUGAAUACAGAAGCAGAAAAGCUGAAAUCCUAUUCUAUGCCAAUAGGCAUUGAGUUUCAGAGGAGAUAUGCAACUAUUGUUCUAGAUCUAGAGCAACUAAACAAAGACUUAAAUAAAGUGUUGCAUAAAGUUCAGCAGUAUUGUUAUGAGCUUGCUCCAGACCAAGGCCUCCAGCCUGCAGACCAGCCAACAGAUCUGAGGCGGAGGUGUGAAGAGGAGGCUCAGGAGAUUGUUAGGCAAGCAAAUUCCUCCACAACGGGACAGCUUUGUGUCGAAAGUGAAAAUUUAACUGACCUUAUCUCUAGACUUACAGCAAUAUUACUGCAGAUUAAGUGUCUAGCAGAAGGAGGUGACCUGAAUUCCUUUGAAUUUAAAUCACUAACAGAUUCAUUAAAUGACAUUAAGAAUUCAAUAGAUUCCUCAAAUAUCAGUUGUUUUCAGAAUAAUGUUGAGAUCCAUGUUGCACAUAUUCAGAGUGGUCUGAGCCAGAUGGGAAAUUUACAUGCCUUUGCAGCUAAUAACACCAACAGAGACUGAAAACUUUCUUUCAAGAGCAUAGCAAGUAGUUCUGGAAAAUCCUCUUCAUUUAUAUAUGCUUCAACAAAUACCCUAACUGCCAGAAGAUAAGGGAAAAGAAGACCUCUCAGACCCUUUUAAAUAUAUUAUAUUUGCUUCUUAAGACAACCAGCAUUACUGGCAAGCAUUACAUUAGAUUUCUCCAUUUGUUAUUCACAUACAGUAGUUUUGCUAACUGGUAAUCUCUUAGUAAUUGCGUUUAUUAUAAUAAACCUGAAAACGUACUUUCAUAUAAUUUGAACUUAGUUUUUAAAAGUUCAGAUGAAUUCUGCUCACCUCUUGUUGUUGGCUCUCCUGGUAUGUUAGAUGAAGUGAUGAAGAGGAAAUGGCUCACAUCAGUAGCUAUGUGGCAGUCUUUGUUCCUUAAAGCUGCACUUCUUGUAGGUACCUGAGCUGCCACUUCAGCUAGCACGGUGACAGCACGGGCUGAGUGUUCCAGCUCUAAAGAAGCAGCGGUGGGAUGUGGACAGAGAACUAAAGUUGCAGAAGAUGUUGGGCAGGUCUAUUGAUCAGUCAGUGUCUUGUUGGAACAUUUAAUUUAUCAUAACUUAUAUAAGAAGUCUAAUGAAGGAAUAUAAAAAUGUAACUGAUACCUUUCCAGAAACAGAGUCUUUGCAGCUUUUUCCCUUCAUGUGGGGCAAAAAGAAGUGUUUUAGUUGGUAUUUUAUAUAAAUGAGUGAUAAAACAUACUGUUUUUCCAGCUUUUUGUUUGUUUUGCACAACUUUUAAAUUAGAUUCCUGGUUAUCUGACAAUACCCAACGUAUAUAAAUACGAAGAUUUUUAUAAUAAAAUAUAACCAGUGAGGUAAUCUGCAAAACUUAAAAACUACAACCUGCCUAUGAGUACAUUUUGGAAUGUUAAUCUUGUAAAAAGUGUGUAUUGGUUUGUUUAAAUAGUCUUGUAAAGCUUCUGUGUAAUGAAUCAUUUCCAGAUAUGGAUUUUCAGAGAUAGCUGUAGAGUUGUUUUGGAUUCCUUUAGAUGCCUCAUUAAAUGAGGCCUUUUAUAUGUUACUGUAUAAAGAAUAUGUAAACAGGAUUAUUUUCGAUUUUAAAAUUUUGUAUAGUUUAAAGAUGCUUCUGUAUUCUGUGUUGGUACUGUGCCACUGCAAAACUUUAGUGCAGAGUUUAUAUUUAGCUAAACUUGUUCUGUUAAUUAAGAGAAAUGCAUAAAUCUUUUAUUCUCGGUGAAAUUUGUAACUGAAUAAAUUGAACUAUAAGAGUUGAUAUAUUUCACAAAAAUGCAAACUUCUGACACAUGGUUUCAGGUCAUUUUUUAAGAGAAGUGAAUUGCUGAAAAUGAAACACGAUGGCCUGGGUAACAAGGUGAGUAGCUGUUUUAAAGUAUGUAGAAAACGUACAAGGGGUGUUACAAAAUACGACGCAUGACUUUUGCUCGUUAGCCACAGAACUGUACCUCUCAUCAUGUAACAGAACAUGGUUGUGGCCCUUCCGUUGCUUUUAUUUUGUGCUGUUUGGUAAAGUAGAUGGAAAGGUUCCCCCCACUCUCACUUUUGAUUUAAACAGAGAAAUGACAGAGCCCACCUGAAGGCACAAAGGUUCAGUCUGACAGUAACUCAUGUGAUCUACUGCUGGCAUGGAGGGAAAACAUCCUCUUGCAGUUAACUCCCACUCCUCCUUCUUCCUGGGAGCUCACUGACCCUCUGGUGCACAGUGCAGGGAGCUGUGCUGCUGAGAAGCAGCUCACCUUUGACUCCUUGUUUGCUGCCCAGGUGGUUCAAUGAAUUCAAUCACUGCUGAGUGUGAUGGAGAAGGAGCAGCAGGGGCUGCCAUUCCCAGCAGCAGCUUGCAGGCUCAGUGUGCAAGCCGCUGUUGUAUACUUGGAAGCUGAGCAUGCAUGUAAAUGCUGUGAGUACUCCAACCCUAACAGCUCCUUGGGCACCCAAGUCCACCUGGGAUGCAUGGUGUCCGAUUUUGAUUUUUAUUUUUUUGCUCUACAGUUUGGCCAAGGACAGCUCUGUUAUUUGGUUUUUGGAGAGAGUUCCUCAAUCAGCAUUCCUGCUGCACCACUCAGCUUCGCAAGCUUGCAGCUCCAUGGGAAUUUGGCUGUCUCAGAUCUGGCAAGCACAGCUGUCCUUAGGCAGUGUUGGUGUUUAUAGCUCUCAGGCUGCAAAGAGGAAGAGCUCAAGAAAGUGAGCUGCAGCUCGUCCUCACUCUGAGACUGUUUGCAGACAUAUGGAACUGUAUUCCUGAGACCACUGAGCUGUCAGUCAUAGGUGUUCAGCUGUGGCCCUGAGAGCUGAAGUCCUCUGGUCACUGUGGGACUCCACACGUCAUCCUCUGCUCCAAGGAUGUCCCAGAGCAGUCAGACCCUGCUGAUGCCAGACCCAUGCAGGAAUGUUCAUACAGACGUGCAGUGCCAUAAGGAUUAUAAGUCAUCAGAAUGGAAACACUGCCUCUCUGCUUUCAACAGCCAGGCACCAGUAGCACCCCGUGACUCGCUCACUCCCUGUGUUUGGGAGGAGAGUGUGACCCGGUGGGAUGAACCAUUUCCUUUGAGGUGUGAGACGUGGCUUCAGGACCUCAUGGUGCAUUCGUGUAUUCCAUCCCAGGGAGUCGAUAAGAGCUGCAGACAUACAGCAGGCCUGGAAGAAAGCAAUGGGAAAGGUGCAAAGACCUCGCAAAUGCAUAUGAAAGGAUCAAGGGUCUGCAUGUGCUAAAUCCCAACAGGAACAGGUUUGGGUUGAGAUGCCCAGGUUCAGAGGGAACUCAUAUGCAACAAAGGGGCAAAAGCAGAGUAUGUCUGACUGCUGGCAGCUGGCUCCCUACCUUACGAGCGAAGAAGGUCAAGGACUGGGGAGAGGGAAGGAGAUAAAAGCAAACGGCAGAGGUGAUGUCAGGAAUGGGAAAAGGAGAGGGCAAAAGGGAGCAUGCUACCUGGAGGCAGGCAGCCUGGUUGGAAGGCACCUGGUAUUUAGGGGUGAAUUAAGACACUGUGAAACCUGAGCCUGUCUUUGAGUUUGGAGAUACCCAGAGAACAGCAAGAUGCAGACACCUGGCAGUCACGGUGCUUCAGACGUGAGAGAGCAGUCUCAAAGAUUUCCUUGGCAGCAAGCCUUAGGCCGAAGCAAGUCCUGUUGACACUUGUUUUCUCUGUGCCCUUUCUAGUUUUGUAGUGUGAUGCUGUGGAAGAACUUAAAGCAUAUAUUUAAUUGAGCUCUUCCUGUUGUCUGCUCAUUCACGUGCUCUGAAUGAGGUCUGUAGAACAGUCAUGCUCUAUUCUUUCUGAUAUUUUCCUUUAAAGAAGGUUUUUUUUUAACAUUUGUUGAUAUGUGUGUUUGUACAUAUAAAAUUAUUGGGUUACCUGAACUUCCAGUAAUGUUUAGUUAAUUCACAGCACAAACAAAGGAGAGCCUCUGUCUCUGCGGAUGAAUAACAAGAAGAAAGAAGAUGGGAAGGGGAGAGUUAAGUUAAAAAAACAGAGCCCUGUUUUUUCUCCUUUUUGUACUGCAACUCACCUCUUUACCUGGAGCCACUCUGCAGGGUGCAGUCAGAAUGUGCAAACCCAGCAAGGCUGGCAGGAAACAGCAGUGUGAUAUGUAGCACAGGGGCUACAUCUUCUUUAACACCACUGAAUAAUUAACAGGCUCUGAAGAGUCCACUAUCUGCUUCUUUUAGACUUCCUGGUCUUAGCAAGCAGUGUUGAGGCAUUGUUUUCCACCACUGUUUGGCAGAUUCCUAAGCCCUCCUCAUCCCACACAUGUGAUGAAGUCUUUCUUCUGACUACCCCAACUUAACAAAUGGCAAUCACAAGAUUUUCGAGUUUUGUCUUACAGUGUUUGGUAUCUGUCUUAGAGCCUUCAGCUUCUGAAAUCAAUAGAUUUUAAGAGAAUUUA